AUUGUAAACAAGAACCAGGCCUAACCACCUCCGCGGCAACAUCAUGUGGUGUCGGAGGCGCGCGGGCGAUCACGUGGCACCUCCCUAAAAACCGUCCGUUGGUGGUCACGUGAGCGAGGCAGUGGCAACAGGGCGCCAUGAAUAUUACUAUCGAUAAGGAGUCGCUUAACGACGGCUUCGUCACCCUCUGCGGAAUCUGGGUGCUCUUUAUGAAAAUUGGAUUAACUUGCUAUGAAGUUGGGAGAUCACCAGCGCAAAGUACUAUUGCUAUUCUGUUUAAAAAUGUGGUAGAUACGUUUGUAUCUUUACUUGCCUACUGGAUACAUGGCUAUGCCUUUGCUUUUGGGGAUCAAGAAAGAAUUAUUGGAAGCAAGAAUUUCUUUACUUUUGGAAAUGUCAACUUUUCACACUUCUUUUUUAAUUAUGCAAGAUGUGCCAUCGUCACCACCAUUGUAUCAGGAGCUAUUACUCAAAAGACAGAACCAAUUGGUUACAUUAUAUCCAGCUACAUUUUGGCAGGAUUUGUUUAUCCAAUUGUUUCUCGGUCCUUUUGGCAUCAGUCAGGUCUUUUUAAUAUAAAUCUUCCAAUGUUUCCAAUCCAAGACUAUGCUGGAAGUGGAGUAGUAUUCUUAGUUGGUGGCACAGCAGCACUGAUUGCAUCAUUUGUCACAAAUGCACGUGCUGUCCGCUAUACAACACCUACCAUCAAUCAAAGCUAUAGUUUACCACUUGCAGUCCUUGGAGCUUUUAUGCAAAUAAUUGGCUCCUUAGGCUUUGUUGUUGGUGCACAAGGUCACAUUACAGAGUCUGGAGAUGGUCAAUUGGCCAGUCUUGCUGUGGUCAAUACUCUACUAUCAACAGGAUCGGCAGGUCUAUAUGGUUUGUUUUUCCUGAGAAUGAGGAGAGACACUUACAGUAUACCACGAUUGAUUAAUUCAGCACUUACAGGAAUGGUGGCAGUUUGUGGAGGUGCCAACAAAUACUUACCUGCACUGGCAGUAAUGUGUGGGGCCUCAGCAUCUCUCUUAUAUAUGGCACUUAAACAUUUAUGCACAGUUACCAAGAUUGAUGAUCCUACAGAUACUAUUGCCAUUUACCUGAGUGGAGGUUCAUUGGGCUUGAUGUUUGCUGGAUUAUUUAUGGACCAGACAAAUAAUCAAGGACAAGCUGUGGCUAUUGAAUAUAAUUGCCUUGCACUUUGUGUUGUGAUGAUUUGGACUGCAUUUGUUAUGGGUUUUGUAUACCUGCUACUAAAAAUUGUUGGAAUUUUAAAGCCAUUUCCAAAAUUAGAGCCACAAGAACAUGAGGAAGGCGAACACCUCGUUGGCUUCCUGGAGAAGUGGCUCCAGAACUCUCUGGGGCUGGAGUUGGAGUCGGGCCUGUUGACUGUGGAGCAGGGCCACCAGUUCACAAUGCAAGGUCUGGGUCGGACCUGCACCCCUGCGCAAUCCUAG